UUACAGCAAAAAAUUAAGGGUAAACAUCAAUGUGCCGAUGAAAACUGAACAGAAGCAGGAGCAAGAAACUACACACAAAAAUAUAGAGGAAGAUAGGAAACUACUGAUUCAGGCUGCUAUUGUGAGAAUCAUGAAAAUGAGGAAGGUUCUGAAACACCAGCAACUGCUUGGAGAAGUGCUAACACAGCUGUCCUCGAGGUUCAAACCACGAGUUCCAGUAAUUAAGAAAUGCAUCGACAUUCUGAUUGAGAAGGAGUACUUGGAACGCGUAGAUGGCGAGAAGGACACCUACAGUUACUUGGCUUAACGUUUUUAUUAGCGAUGACUUGACUGUGUGACACUCGGCAAAUAGGUAUGUGAUGGAAAGGAUGAAAGCAACGGAACUUCAUAGCAGCUGCCCUGCUGCCAUUUGGACCUCCCUUUUUAAUAACUGAGACCAGGACUCCCACCAGCCAGUCUCAGAUUUACAUCAGAACUGCUCAGGAUUGAUACAUUUCAAGUAUGUAAAUAUGGACACCAAUGCCAUUUAACCUAAUUUAAGAACAGAAAGGAAUCAAACCCUGCUCCUUUAAGGGUUGCAUGCUACUGCAUUUAAAUCAAUACAUUGGCCAUAUGAUAAAUGGCUGCCCUCCCAGGCGGCACUUAUAAAUGUUGGCAGCACUUUGAGAGCGAGUCUGACUGGACCCAUGUGUAAUCUGCUAUGAAAACCCAUUUGUAUAGUGUGUUUCAUUUUUUAAUGUGUGAUAAAUAAAAAAAAAAAAUUAAAAGAUUUCUGUACAAGUUGCAUUUGGUUUUAUUGUUUUAAGUUUCAUGACUUAUCUUUCUUAAUGUAAAUAAAAGGUAUAAUGGUUAUGAAA